UCCCUAUUAGUGCUUUAUCCACCUAAGUCCGUUAAGUUGAGCCUCUGCUCCUUCGGCCGUGUCGAUUUUGUGCUUGAGGUGAUCGAAAUCUUGUGAAUUUUGUGCUUGAGAUAGGACUCGUUGACCCGUUUUGUGAUAAUUAAUAUUUAUCAUGUCUAAUAGAAAGUGUUGUGUUCCCGGAUGUACAAAUGGCUUAGACACUACGGGUAUUUACAUAAAUUCCCUAAUCCAGAUAAGGAUAGGCAGCUAUUUAAUACAUGGGUCUUUCAUAUUGGUGGUGACAUUUUGCAACUUGAAAAUAACCAUAUUUUCAAAUACCGCCGCGUCUGUAAUGAUCAUUUCGAACCAAAAUAUUGGUGCCGGAAUAACCGACUUGCCAAAGGAGCUGUACCUACAAAAAACAUGCCAGGAUUAUCUUGCUCGAAAUUCAGCAUUGAAAAAAGAGCACUAAGACCUCUUCAGAUUUCAGGACCGUCUACAUCAAAAGAACCUGCGCAUCUACAUAUACACUCACAAGGUUCAAUUGAAGAUGUACAAAUGAAAGAGAAUCUUGGUGAGUGAUCCUACAUACAAGCAUUUAAUCAGCAAUUAUUUUACACAUAUUCUGUCCUGGAACUCCUUCAUGCGCGGAUAAAAUGUAGCCUCUCUCGAUAAAUGUGCUAAUUUACCUUAAAAUCAUCUUAAAUUGAAUUAUUUUUGUUGUUCCUGAGUUAUAAUUUUGCAAACAAUUAAAGUAAACUAGCCUCUCUAUAAACCUAUCCCUUAAGACAAGAGUGAUUGAUGAAAUACAGUUUGUUAAAUUACAUUUAUAUGUCAUAUGCAUAAGUCCUAAAAUGUUAACAUCCUUAUCACUACAUAGUAUAAAACAAAGUCGCUUUUUCUGUCAUGUGUCAUGUUGUAUGUCCCUAUGAACGCUCAAAUCUUUAAAACUACGCAACGGAUUUUGAUGCGGUUUUUUGUAAUAGGUAGAGUGAUUCAAGAGGAAGGUUUUUAUGUAUAAUAACAUACAUUAAAUACUGGGGAAAUACUGUUAUCCCGUGCGAAGCCGGGGCGGGUCGCUAGUUGAUAUUAUAAACUAUAUAAAAGAAAAAGUAACUUUGUCUAGUAGUGGGCUGGCUUUAAUUAAUUCAAUAUGAUUCAAAUAAUGGUUACUCAAUAUGAACUGCUACAUUCAUGAUGAUGGUAAUGAUCAUCAGCUUAAUUGGUUUGUAUAUAAUAGGCACACAUUUCUUACCAAAUAUGUUAAUGACCUUUCAGAUCCUGUCACUUCAGAAUCGCCAGAAAAUAAUUGCCACGCUUUGCAUGAAGUUCUCAUCACAAGCGGGGCCUGCAAAGAACAAAUAAAUUGUGAGCUCUCUGAGAUUCCGGACAUUGAAUUUACAGCCCUUGAAGACAAAAGCGACCCCCGUAUAAUUGGGGGGCUACAAUAUGUUAGCGGUUAUUUUAUUAAAACCGCUAAGAAGAAAGUCUUCAAGGGUUGUAGUGAAUGUAAAAAAAAUUUAAUGUCCGAUCAGGAACACGAUUAUUUAAAAUAUAGAGAGUAUGCUAAUAAAAAAUGGCUUUGCAGUCCCAGCGACUCUCUCUUAAAUUGUGUUUCGAAUCUGCAGGAUAUAAAUUACACAAUAAUUAAAAAAUGUUUGGAAAAAAAAUAUUUAAAAGAUUUCAUCAAAACAUUAAUAUUUAUACAUUUGAAAUUCGAUUUCAUAAAAUGUGAAAUUCAUAAAGAAAAAUUAAUAGACUUUUUAAUCAAUAUAUCCUGCAGAUUCUUUAUUUACAAUUACUGUAAAGAUAUUAAUAAAAUAUUAAUAAAUAGGAGAGAGUGUGAUGAUGAUACGGAUUCCUAUAAGCUAAAAGCGAAAAAAUUAUACAUGAAAUGUUUUAAAAGAAAAAAAUAAAUUAUAUUAAAGGUUA